AUGACGAACGAAGAAGGCUAUAACAAACUCAUUGAAAUGGGAAUGGUCGGUGAAAAGAUGGGCUGUUUUAAGCUAGAUAAGGUAUUUUCUGAAGUUCAUGUCCUCUCCAAGCGUAAGUAUUGGGGCAUACUUGAAGACGGCACAGAAAUAAAACAUUGCAUGAAGUAA